UUAGGACUUUCUAAAUUCCAGGACAUAGAAUAACCUCAAAAUCAUCUUUCUGCCAAUCUCUCUUUUUGACAGAAAACUUACCAAAAUGGGUAAAGUCAAGUGUUCAGAAUUGCGUACAAAAGAUAAAAAAGAGUUGCUUAAGCAACUCGAAGAACUCAAAACUGAGUUAACUAAUCUUCGAGUUGCUAAAGUUACUGGUGGAGCAGCUUCUAAGCUUUCUAAAAUACGUGUUGUACGUAAAGCCAUCGCUCGUGUAUAUAUUAUUAUGCACCAAAAACAAAAAGAAAACUUGAGGCUUUUGUAUAAAAACAAAAAAUACAAGCCUUUAGAUUUAAGGCCAAAAAAGACACGAGCUAUCAGGAGGAGGUUGACGCCUUUCCAAGCAGGUCGUAAAACUCUAAAAGAAAUUAGAAAAUUAUCUGCGUGGCCAAUGAGGAAGUAUGCUCUUAAAGCCUAACAUAUUUUAUAUACUUCAAAUUAAAAUAAAUUAUAAAAAUGCAAAAAAGAA